UGGGGACCCAGCCCUCAGUCUCUAUGGACUCUUCACAAGGAGAGCAGACCCGGCUGGUGUGCAGAUCAGAGGGGUGGGACCCUGAACCUGAACUGAUCUGGAGAGACAGGGAUGGAAACGAUGUGACAUCACUGUCCAACACAACAGUGCAGAGGGACAGUCAGGGGCUCCACAGUGUCAGCAGCUACAUCAAAAUCAAACAGCAGUCCAACGUGUUCUCCUGUCAGCUUAGAAGUAAAACACCCAAACCAGACUGGGAAUCCAAACUCCACAUAUCCAGGGAUUUUUUCCCAGGAGUCUCUGGAUGGAUGGUGGCUUUCUGCUUGACUUUAGCUCUCAGUAUUGGAGCCAUUCCUCUGCUGGUGAUCCAAUGGAAAAGAAUGGAUAGAAAGUUGAAACUGUGUGAAGUUAAAGGUAAGUGAAGACUUUAAUAAACAGACUGCAAACUCAUUCCAGCUCCAGCAGUAGCAGCUUGUAAAGUUACUGGUACAAACUA